GUGGACUUAUUCCACGCGAGGUGUGGUGGUGGUGGUGGCGGCCUGGUGGGAACCCCCGCGCCGGGCGCACGCCACCCGCGCCCUAUCCAUUUCCACCGCGCAGCAGCACGACGAGCUCGCGUCGCGCGGCCACUGCCAACCAGCCAUGCCGGCGGCGGCGGCGGCGGCGAGCGUCUCGCGGUGCGUCUGCCUGGGGCGUCCUCCUCGAGCGCGCGUCGGCUCGGCUGUCGAGGUCCUCUGGGAUCGGAGGAGGAGGACGACGACGGCGGCCUGUACUAGACGGCGGCGGGGACUGGUGGCCGUGGCGGCGACGGAGGGGUCGGCCAAGCCGUCGGGCGAGGCGGACGAGCAGGUGCCCUCGUGGGCGCGCCCGGGCUCCGACGAGCCGCCGCCCUGGGCCCGCGGCGAAGGCGGCGGCAGCGGCGGCGCGCAGCAGGAGCCCGGCGCCGUCCAGGUCCCCUUCUACGCCUACCUGCUCGCCUCCGCCAUCACCGCCAUCGCCGCCAUCGGCUCCAUCUUCGAGUACGCCAACCAGCGGCCGGUGUUCGGCGUGUUGAGCUCCGACAGCGCCCUGUACGCGCCGCUCCUCGGGUUCUUCGUCUUCACCGGGAUACCCACCUCCGGAUUCCUGUGGUUCAAGGCCGUGCAGACGGCCAACAGGGAGGCGGAGGAGCAGGACCGCAAGGACGGCUUCUCGUGACCUCUCCAGGUUUAUAUGUCAGGGAGUAUAAUGUCACUCUUGUAAAGACAAGAUAUGAAUCCACCUGGAUAUUGACACCUUGAGAAGAUGAACCGGCGAGGAUUAAUCGAGGGGAGCCAAGCUAAUACGAGUGGAGUGGAUGCGCGAAUUGUAGACUCUGCCUUAAGUUUCUUUUUUUUUCGUUUUCUUGACUGAAUAUAGUGAUUAUUGAGUGUUGCAAUGGAGUGCAAUUGCGAAUGGACAAUGCUUUACGCUCGCGUCGAUGUUUAGUGAUUUCGUCGAUAUUUUAGUAAUUUCAUUAUUUAGCUUUAGUUUAACGGUGAAAUCAAUCCGAUUUCAAGAUGCCUAACAUCAAAUCAAUCCAUGGUGAGAGCCAACGACGCAUGUGGCAGCAACAGACCUAGCACUACCCUUUU